CUCAUGGCCACCAAAGGAAGAGCCCUUAUCAUGCUCAUUCUGUUUUCCUUUUUCCUUAUCAGACACUCUCAGUCCGAAAAAGAUGUAUUGGCGCAAGGCCAAAAGCUUAGAGAUGGGGAGCAUCUGGUCUCAGCUGAAGAUAGAUUCAGAUUGGAAUUUUUUAGUCCAGGAACUUCAAGAAACCGGUAUGUGGGAAUUUCAUACAACCUAGUGAAUGAUGCAGCAGAGUUGGUUGCCAAUAUUAAGAAGGUGGUGUGGGUUGCUAACCGGAACAACCCAAUUGCAGACAACUCUGGUAUUCUUAUGAUCGAUGAAUCUUGUAGAUUGAUAAUCUCAUAUAGUGGAGGCAGUCUUAUUGUGUCAGAUUCUGUUCAAGCAGCUAAUAAUACAAGUGCCAUGCUACUGGAUUCAGGUAACUUUGUAUUAAGGGAGCUAAAUUCAGAUGGAUCUAAACAGCAGAUUCUGUGGCAAAGUUUUGAUUAUCCUACUGAUACGCUUUUGCCUGGAAUGAAACUUGGAGUGAACUUCAAACCUAUGCAUGUUUGGUCACUAACUUCGUGGAUAAGUGAAAACAUCCCAGCCGAAGGUUCCUUUACCCUUACUACUGCUUACAAUAUGAAUGGUACUAGUCAGUUGAUCAUUUGGUGGAAAGGGAAUGCCUACUGGACUAGUGGGAAUUGGCAAGAUGGGCGUUACGAAUUUGUAAGAUUUUACAAUUAUGGUAAUUACAAGUUUAGCAGCAUAACACACGAAAAUGAAAGCUAUCUUACAUAUUCAUUGUAUAAAAAAUAUAGUUUGUCAGGGUUAAUGUUAGAUCCCACAGGUCAAAUAGUAGAGAUAACAGGGCUAGCACCAUUUGGUGCUGGGGCUUGUUCCUAUAAUUCCAACCCCGGCUGCAUAAAGCAACAGUUGCCGGAGUGCAGGAAGCCUAAUGAUCGAUUUGAGAGAAUAAAAGGUGCUAUGUCCGGUGAAGGAUUCAAUUUUGAUGGAAAUUACAACUUGAGUCUCUUUGAUUGUAGAGUAAAAUGCUUGAAUAACUGUUCUUGCAUUGCUUAUGCUUACUCCGACUACAACCAAACUAGCUGUACGAUUUGGAUCAGAGGAGGGAAUUUCGAAGAAAGCAAUUAUUCUUAUAGCAGGGAGAUUUAUGUUCUUACUCCAGAAAAAUUAAAGCGGCGGAUAUGGCUUGUCCCAUCUGUGAUAGGGUUUGUAGCUUUACUGGCACUGUGCUCGUUAUACAUUUUCAUUCAAAGAAAACGUAGAGAAAAAGGGGAGAAUGAAGUAGAGCAAGAAAUCUUACAAUGUGAGCUAGGAGUUAGAACAACAUAUUCUAGCAGCAGAUCUAGGAAGAGAAAGAAAUUCACAGUAAGCAGGAAGAAGGGCAGUGUGCUACAAUUUUUCAGUUUUGAAAGCAUAUCAACAGCAACAAGCAAUUUUGCGACUACAUGUAAGCUUGGAGAAGGUGGGUUCGGACCCGUUUACAAGUUCUUGUUUCAGGGAAUAUUGCCUGAUGGUCAAGAAGUUGCAAUAAAGAGGCUCUCUAGAAAUUCUGGACAAGGAGAAGUAGAAUUCAAGAAUGAAAUUGUGCUAAUUGCCAAGCUGCAACACAGUAAUCUUGUCAAACUGGUUGGGUGCUGCAUUCAGAGAGAAGAGAAGAUGUUGAUAUAUGAGUACAUGCACAACAAAAGCCUGGAUUUAUUUAUCUUCGAUCCUGUGGAAAAGGACUUAUUAGAUUGGACAAAACGGUUCAACAUCAUUCAAGGGAUUGCUCAAGGACUUCUUUACCUUCAUAAAUUUUCAAGACUGAGAAUAGUGCAUAGAGAUCUGAAAGCUAGUAACAUCUUGCUUGAUGCUGAGAUGAACCCAAAGAUAUCUGAUUUUGGCAUGGCAAGAAUAUUUGGGCAAGAUGAAUCUGAAGCAAAAACAAAGAGAGUGGUUGGAACAUAUGGCUAUAUGCCUCCCGAGUAUGCAUUGAGGGGAAAGUUCUCAGUGAAGUCUGAUGUCUUUAGCUUUGGAGUAAUAUUACUAGAAAUUUUGAGCGGAAAGAAGAAUAACAGUUUUUCUCACCAUGGAAAAGCAUCAAGCCUCAUAGGAUAUGCAUGGGAAAUGUGGACAGAAGGAAAAUGCUUAGAGAUUGCAUAUCCAGCCUUGGGCAAUUCAUAUGACCCAAACGAAGUUCUGAGGUGCAUUCACGUGGGUCUGCUGUGCGUGCAAGACAGUCCAAACGAUAGGCCUUCCAUGUCUGAUGUUGCUUCCAUGAUUGCUAAUGGAACUGUGUCAAUCCCAGCACCAAAACAACCUGCCUUUUUCAUGGAUUGUAGUUUGCCGGAAAGCAGGUUGGAGAAUCUUGCCUCGAAUGAUGUUUCAAUUUCAGAGGUGGAAGCCAGAUGAAAGUGCCAAUGAUCCUUCACCAACACACCUGCAAAAGACCAAGAGAACAAUAGAUUUUAUAGCCUGAGGAGAUUAGGAAAAUACCAGAUGCUUACCUUUCAAAUGCUCUAUUCCAAUUGAAUCACUUUUAUUAUUUAAUCUUUGAUUGUGCUGUAUAUUUAAGAUGGGAUUCUGCUUAAACGUAUUUUAUUGAACGUUUUA